CACGGAUUGGCGAUUUUGUCAAAAAUGUCAUAAGAUACUACAGAGCAGCAAUACUGAUACGACUCUGAUAUCAAUUAACAUAUGAGACCAUACUUGAUUCAACAGAAGAUUGUUAUAUACAAGUUUUUGUAGGAGAAAACAGGGCAAAUAUUUCACUCGCGCAUGCGUUUUACAAAUGGAGCUCCCCUGAAAAUAUGGCGGAGACUAGAAGACAAAAUAAAAUAAUUUCGAAGGGGUCAAAGCUUCCAGUAACCAUCGAAGAUGCUAUUGAGGACGCACUCAUUGUGUGUCUCGAUUAUGGAGCUCGAAAAUAUAGAGGCAUUUUAUUGGAUUCAAAUAAAAGUAAUAUACCUCAUGGUGUCUGCUCAAGAUUUAAAGGAGCUGAAGGGAAUGGUAUAGAAUCAGAGGAUGGAACUGUUGAAGUUCCUGCCACAUAUUUCAGACAUACCUACAUGCAACAUGAAAAUAAAAUGAAGGAACAUGUUCCGGUGAAGAAUAUACACAAAGAUAAAAAUACUAGGCAACACAUUCGUCUACGACCUCGACAGAUGUUGUGUAACAAAUGUAAAGCAAUGUGUCAAGAAACUGAUAAAGGUAUUGUUCCUAUAACUGCUGUUCCAAAACAAGGUACCAAAUCAGAAAACACAACACAUAAUAAAACAACAGCUUCACCGUCCAAAGAAGGCUUCCGCAGACGACCUAGUAAUCAAAACCUCAAAGCAGAAAACCACAGUGUUUCAAAAACUAUUAAGAUAGAAAAGUUACCAGACAAAAUUAGUAUGAUGAACACUAACAUGACUAAAGCUAGUCCAUUUAUAAAAAUUAAUAUAGGAGCGGGUACUGUGUUACAGAUUCCUCCACGUCUCCAUGGAGAUGAAGUGGAUGGGGUAUCAAAUAAAGGUGAUAGCCAAUCUUCUGAACCAAAAACUGAAAAUCAAUUAGAUGAUUCUAGUCAUAGGAAAAUAAAGAAGUUGAAAUUUAAGGAGCUUGAAAAGGAAUGUGAAAAUGACAGUGUUGCUGAACAUCAUGCAUCCGACAUUUAUCAUCAUAAAAAACAUAAAAGAAAACACAAAAGGAAACAUGAAGAAGAAUUGAAAAAUUCUGCCGAUGUUAUGGUUAAAAAAAGUGAUGAAAAUAAUGAUAAUUUACAGUAUUGUGAUUCAAGUCAACAAACAAUUAUGUCUCAAAGACCUCGUUUGCUAUAUACAUGGAGACAAAAUAAAGGGCUCUCUCCAAGGAGAGAUAUAGACAAUACAUAUAAUAUUAAAAUGUCACCUCAACAAAGUGUUCAAAGUAUUGAUAAGAUAGAUUUAAAACCAAGAAAAGAAUAUAGACUACGAAGUAGAGAAAAAUCGAUUGAGGAAGUCAACGAAUCAUGUGUGUCUAGUGAUAGUUCCUGUGCUUCAAUGUCAGAGAGUGAUGACAAUGUUAUGAUAUCAGCUGGAAGUGAGGAUGACCAGGAAGUUCAAUUCAAUGCUAGUAGUGUUAAUGAGGAUAGUCAGAGUAGUGCUGAAGACAAUGAGGAAGAGGAAGAGGCUGAUGGGCCUCCUGUUGAACUUGAUGAAAACAUUGAAGUUCUUCAUCCUUUAAUGAUGAAAAUACAAACUAGAGAUGUGACAAAAUGUAUUAAAUCUGAUGGAAGAACUGUUCAAUUAGGGGAUAUUGUUUGGGGUAAAAUUAAAGGAUUUCCAUGGUGGCCAGGCCGGGUAUUAUCAAUAACUGUUAGUUCAAGAGAGAGUGGUGUUGUUUUACGACAGCUUGCACAUCUAGCUUGGUUUGGAUCUUCCACAAUGUCACAUAUUCAGUGUUCAGACUUGUACCCUUUUCUUGAAGAUUUUAAAGUUCGUUACAAUAAAAAGAAAAGGGGUCCAUAUAAGAUGGCAAUUAAACAGGCGACAAUUGCAGCACAAAGUCUCACAAAUACACAUCAUAUUGAUUUUACAGAAUUUGAUUUAUAAAUGAAAGAUUUACUAUUUACUCAGGAAAGUUAAUUUUAAUUUACAAGUGCUUCGUAUAAUUACAAGAUAGAUGAUAUGAACACCAACAUGCCUAAAUGCAGAUCAAUAACAGCCACCAAGUUCUACCGUAAAAAAGAUUGGCCUCAAGUCCAGUUUUACUCAGACGUUCUUUCUUUCUUAAUUACUUAUUUUAUUUUAAAUUAUGUUACUUUUUAAGUUUUGUUCAUUCCAAUUACUUUUAGCAUAUUAAAGUAUGUUUUUAUAGAUGUUUUAUGAAAAGUAAACUAUUUACAUUUGUGUAAAAACAUGAAAAACUAAACUAACAACUUUUUAGCUUAGCUACAUUUCUUCUUCUUUUGUUAUGAAUCAUUUCCUUUUGAGACUGUUGCUGAUAAAAAGACAAAAUUAUUAAAAUGCAUGUGAUAGUCAUAUACAUAGUAAAUGAACUAAAUAUGUAUUUUCAUAAAUUUAAAGUCAUGAAAUAGGUAUAAUCCAAACAUUGUGUCAUGUGAGUUUUGUAAAACACAUGCACAUAAAUUACUAUUCUGGUUUUGAAACAUGUGAUGCAAAUUGACAAAUCAUACUAGCUUUUCUAAAAUAACAAAUAUAUAUGACUAUAUGCUUUAUUAGUUACAAAUUUAGAUGAUUAGUGGCCUUAUACAGUAUACAUGGCUUGUUAAAGUUAUCUUUGGAUAGUUACCAUAUUUGAACAUGUUGAAAAGAGAACUUUGGAGUUUUGACCUUCCAAAUUGAUUUUUUUUCCAAACUAUCAAUAUGCUGUUUCAUAAUUAUAUUUUGAAAAAGUCAGUGUUUUUGUAUGACUGUUACAUUGGAGGCCAGUUACAUAUGUUUAAACAAUCAUUAUAAUUUAUAGUAUUUAUUUUGAAUUUACUAAUAUAUAUUGAGUUCAAGAAUAUAUAUAACUCUAGUCAUUUUUAUAUGUACAAAUGUAUAAGGAUUUGUAUUCACUGCCUGUACAUUAUUUACAAAGUGUAAAAUUGUAUUAAUAGGAUUAGUAGGCAGUAUCAAUACUUUUGAUUGUUCAAGGUGUGUAAAAUAAAUUUGUACUUGUACUUAUAACAAUGUAUAAUGUCUUCUAUAAUAAGCAGCAGAAGUAUGUAUUAGAACAUAAUGUUUUGUUAAGUUUCAGUCAGUUUUGUUUUGUUGUAAGGUGUAAAACAAUAUUUUAGAAUGAUUUAAGUUUUCCAUUUGUUCUUAAAUUAUGUUGUUCUUUGACAUAACAAAUUACAAAUUUAAAUUUGUUGAAAUACUUUCAUGAUACAAGCAUUUUAUUUUUCAUGAAGAUGGUAUGUAAUUGUACAAUUAUAAUACUACAUGUAUACUAAAGAGAGCAUGAGGAAGGGGAGAUAAUUCUGAUUAAAAAGUGAAUAAACAGGACACUUAUGCCUUACCUUUAAUUUAUUUCAUUCUAAUUUUUUUUUAAGUUCUGUUAGUAGACUAGAAGAGUUAGCUUUACCCUUGUUGUCAGUGGACUCCAUGCCCUCUUGGUCAGCCUUUUGAGAUAGAGUUCAUACAUAAAAUUUCCAGUUUUUACCUCACUUUAGAUAAGUUCUUGAAUUUGAUAACUGUUGUCAUUUCUUCGGGUCUGUCCUUAUCAGGCAUCUGUUACCAUAAAAUCAUACUCUCAUCUUAAGUCAAGUAUCAAGUUUCAUUAACCUGACAUCUAGAUGUUAUUUGGUAUUUAGAAUAUUAUACAAUACAGAUGAAGGCAGUUUAUCCCCCUUACAUAUACAUUUAGAAUGGUAUAUAUUCUGCGAUGCUCUUGUCCGUCCAUCUGAAACUUUCAUUUAAUAUUACUCAGCAUCUGAAGGAAAUAUUUUAUAUUUGAUUUCAACUUUAAUGUUUUAAAAGUUGUCCUGUGAAGUGUGAAGGCAUUUACAGAUUUUCCAAACAGUUACCUCAUGUUGGAUGAUACUUUAAAAUUUAAUUUUACCAAGUGAGCAUAGACUUUUUCAUCAAUAUACAAUAAAAAGAAAGCAAGAGGGGAAAUGUUUUGCAAAACGUCAUAUGUAACUUUUUGUGACAUUUUAAAUUCCAAAUUGUUAGUUCAAUUGACAUUUAUACAUGUCCAAUGAAUAUUAAAGAAAUAAAUGUGGUUACUAAAAGGAAAUAUAUUCCUUUUGUUGGAGAUAACUAGUUCAUGAUGUUGUUUAUGUGCCAAAUUGAGCCCCAAAAAAGAUUAUAAACAUAGGCAGCUAACUGAUUGUUGACUUCUGUUCACCUUUUUGAUAAUUUUUUAUCAUAAAAAAACCUUCUUCACAUACAUUUAAAUAUUUUUUCUUAUUGAAGGCAAGUGGAUUUUACCCUGUAUGUCAAAUAACAAAAAGUUUAAAAUUUGCAUUGAUAAUUUCCUUCCUUAAAUGACAGAAUAAUAAGAGUACGUAACAUAUGAGUUGAUAUACAUUGUCUUUCAGUUUUCGAUUUGUUAAUAUCAAAACCAAACCAUUUUAAUUACAGUUUUAUUAACUGUCAUAUGAUAGAAAUUGGGAGUGCAUUCCAGAGAUAAUUAUUUUAUCAAUAUUUCUUGUGUACAUAUCUUUUAUGUUAAAAGGACAGAGACUUCAUUUAUUUAGUACUUAAUGUAUACAGUAUGAAUGUUCUUUAUGUAAUGAAUCAAGGAUUUUGAAUUUAUAUAUAUAAUGAUUUUACAUUAUGUUGAAUAACCAUUAAAGAAAUGCUUUUCAUGAAUAUUAUGAUUUGAAUAAUUUUUAAUUGCAUGUGUUUCGAAUGUUGAUUUUUAUGAGAUUUUCAUUAACCUGUAUUUUCAAGAGAAAACCUGAUAUUAUUUUACCUACUCCGCAUAUGUUUGUUUGUAUGAUGUUGAACUUCUUGAUAGUUAUUAUGUUAUUUAUGGCAUGUAAACAUUGUGGCAAUUUAUUUUUCAUCUGCAAGGUUAGUUCAGAGAUGGGUAUAUUCAUAUUAUGUUAUCAAUGCUAUUUUAAGUUUUAAAGUAUCUAUGAAUCAUCCUUACCAAUUUAGGGAUGUGGAGGACUUGUAGAUAAGGAUUGCUAACAAAAAACCUACAUACAAAGGAUUUUUUUUUUUCUAAUAGGAAAUUCCAUCAAUAUUAUAUAUAACAAAUAUUUCUAUAUUUAUAAUUGUAAGUGUUCCAGCUAGGGUUAUUUUCACAGGGCAAAAUGUCUGCUCUAUGCACAAUUCAUAGUUGCAUUCAUUUGCACAAUUUGACAACCCUGCAUACCAAGGUAUCCACUUCAGAGACUCAGUGGCGGAUCCAGAGGGGGGGUUCCGGGGUUCGCACCCCCCCUUUAUUUUGGCCGAUCAAUGCAUUUGUAUCGGGACAUAUGUUUUGCACCCCCCCUUUGCCCUGGGAUAGCACCCCCCCUUUGGAAAAUUCCUGCAUCUGCCCCUGAGACUCUAUCAAAAUGAUUCACACAGGCAUUGCUUCACCAAGAAAAGUUUAAAUAUAUAUUUUCAAUUUCAAAAUAGUUAUCUUGCAUAUCAACUAAAAAAAGUCAGCGAUUUUAGAAAGAAUAAAUCAUACUUAAGGGACUUGACCAGUUUGGAAAGUUAAAAUGAUUCUGUUAAAUAUAAUCAGAUUUUCAGUCGCCCACAAAAAUGUCAUAUUUUUUCAUAUCCAAGCUGGAACACUUUUAUACAUUUAAUUUAGUGUUUUAGAAGUAUUAAAAUGUUAAAACAGUUAUUGCGAAGCCUAUCAUAGUUUUCCACAGAUUCACCUGCAAGUUACCUGUCGAUUUAAACUUUUGGCAGUUCUAUUGUCCCAUCUAACAAAUACAACAGGUAUUGUUCUCUGUAUAGUUUAUUCACUGGGACCUUUAAAUUUCUUGCAAGAGAAAUCUAUCACUCACUGAUUAAUUUACCUGAACAAAAAAUUGAACUGUCAAUGAUGGAAAUACAUGUACAAAUAAGUAAUUAUUAAACUGCAUUCGAUGUUAUAUUUAUUCAAUCAAUAACACAUUUUCAAUUUGUUUGAUAUAAACACUGAUUUAAAAAUUAAAAGUUGAUUUCUGAUCAAAUUUCAACAUUUUACCUAUUAAAAUUUGCUAUGUUUUAGUCUGUUCACAAAUAAAAACUUAAAAUAAUAAUGUUUAAAUAAAGGUCUUCAUAAAUGUAUUCUUUAUAACUGAAGAAACAUAAAAAACAUGCAGAUUCUUUGAAACAUAAAUGCAUGCAGUACUUAAAAAAAAUCAGAAAUAAACUUUUUAUAAUUAAAUCAGUGCUUAUAUUGAACAGAUUGAAUAUAUAUUAUUGAUAUUGAAUAAAUACUGUAUCAUAUGCAGUUUAUGUGAGUUUAUACAUGUAUUUCAAUCAAAAAAGAAGAUAUUUUUUUGGUCAGGCAAAUUAAUCAAUGAGUGAUAGAUUUCUCCUAGAAGAAAUUUAAAUGUCCAAGUGAAUAAACUACACAGAGAACAAUAGCUAUUGUAUUGAUUCAAUGGGACAGGUAAACUUGCCAAAGUUUAAAUACCUUGGUAAAGAGCAGACGACUCUGUGGAAAACUUUCAUUUGGUUCGCUAUAACAUAGUUGUCAAGUAGAUGAUCAUAUAAGUUGCUUGUUGCAAUGUAUGAAAACUAAUUCAAAAUUAAAGCUUAAUAUUUCUACUAUAUUUUGUUUCUAAAAUUGUUGAUAUGAAUGUACAAUGAAAAUUAACUAUAAGAAACACACACAUAUGGGAGAGUUUUGUUAUACAAUCUAGGAUAUUGAAAUUGUUUUCUGUUUUCACAUUCAGUUUGUGAAUUGUUGCAUUGGUGCACGUUUCAUUUUUUGGAUGAUAAAUAAAACCUUGAUGAAGAAUGAGCAA